CUAAAUGUUGCUGUUCUGAGCUGCUAAGCCAGUUUGUGAAAUGGGUUUGUCAGAGAAGUGAGCUUGUCAUCUGUGCAUGGCGUUACGAAGGAGAAGCUCGCCCGGAACGGGAAUCCGGAGACAACCUCGUUUGGGAGCAGAUGGCGAUGGGAAUAUACGGCGUUGGCGCGCAUGCUUUUACUUUGAAAGGCACAUUCUUUUCUCCACUUCCCCAAUUUCGUCCGCCUUUACGCACCUCCAUCCCCACAAGAAGUACUUAGUCUUAUCGAAAGGGGGUUGCUCUCCUUUAGAGAGAAGGAGGACAGGCCUGGUUCAUCUACGCCGCACACUUUUCUUCAUUUUUAGGCUACAGCCGGGGCCUCAAGGAAAGGGGGGGGGUGGCUUUUUGUGAGUGCUCAAGGUCGAGGAGGGGCGGGGGAGCAGCACGGACAGAACGAGAUGCAACAGAACCCCGGGCUUGAAGAGGGGCCCCUCGUCUGAUUCCUCACAAUAACCGUGGCUGGGAUGAUGGUGGUGAUGCACACCCAGCAGAGCGCCGGAUUCCCACAGACCCUCACACACUGCGCCACAGCCCCGCGACCGAGCGUGAGCCACCACCGCACGGACACACGCCUCUGCUUCUCCUGUAAAUCAGAGCCCGUCUCAUUCAAAGCCGGACUUCCAGACCGAUGCAUGGACCAAACCACCGCGUAACCGAGCAGCUCACGCUCCUUUGUCGGGAUGCUGCAGCUCUGAUCCGGCGAUUUUAAAAGGAUUCUGACGCGCCGCGCCGCGUGCUGCUCCUGCUGCUGCUGCUGUUUUGACACAAGACGGAGGGGGAAGAUGUUGGUGCGAUGCUGCCGGGUUAAGCUGUCGGUGUGGGCCGCUCUGUGCGUGCUGGUGCUCGGCUGGUUCUACGUUUUCCCUGCGUACAGACUUCCCAGCGACAAAGAGAUUGUGGAGGAGGUGCUGGGACUGGGGGAAGCGUGGAAGAAGAACCAGACGGGUAUCGAUUUGUACAGGAAUCUGCUGACAGAAUGUUGCAAUCCGAGGUGGAUGUUUUCCGUGACGAAGGAGAACGCUCCCAUUGGCAAGGUCCUGUGGUACGAUGGAGAGUAUUACUACUCACACACUGUCAACAACGAGACGUAUUCGAUCUUUGUGCAGACCACCCCUCUGAAGCCCCUGAAGAAGUGCGCUGUGGUGGGCAACGGCGGUAUCCUCAGGCACAGCAAGUGUGGACGAGACAUUAACCAGGCUGACUUCGUCAUGCGGUGCAACCUUCCACCGCUCAAGAAGGAAUAUUUGGAGGACGUGGGAAACAAAACCCACCUGGUCACCGCCAACCCCAGCAUCAUCGAGAAAAGAUUCCAAGGCCUUUUCUGGUCUAGAAAAGCUUUCGUGGACUAUUUGAAGGCAUACGGCUCCAGCUUCAUCUACAUGCCAGCGUUCUCCAUGAGGCCCGGCACCGACCCGUCGCUCCGGGCCUACUACGCCAUCACGGACUCCCCCUCCAACCUCACCAUGCUCUUCGCCAACCCCGACUUCCUGCGCAACGUGGGCAAAUUCUGGAAAGCGCGCGGCGUCCACGCCAUGCGCCUCUCCACGGGCCUCUUCCUGGUCAGCCUGGCCCUGGGGAUGUGCGACGAGGUGACGGUUUACGGCUUUUGGCCGUUCUCCAUCAGACUGGACGGGCAGCCCAUCAGCCACCAUUACUACGACAACAUCCUGCCCGACAAGUGGAUCCACACCAUGCCGGAGGAGUUCGUCCAGCUGUGGCACCUCCACAAAAGCGGCACCCUGCGAGUGAAGGUGGGAAGCUGUCGACCUCAGAGUGAAGGGAAUUAGGGCGCCUACGGACUCACUGACGUCGGUGAGGUUAUUACGGUGAGCAGGAGAAGAGGGUCGGAUUGCAAAAGAUCAAGACGCUUGUGAGAGUAAAGGUUAUACUCUCACAAGCGUGAGAGUAUAACCUUUGGGAGGUACCCACACUGCACCCAUGAUUAUUUAUUUACCUGCUUUUUAUUCCUGUUCAUCAUAAAAAUGUCUAUUCCCUGACACACGCACGCACACACACACACACACACACACACAGAGCUUCCGUACAGUCCCAAAACUUUCCGUGGAUCUGCCCUCAUCUGUGGAACAGUGUGUUCCACGGGAAGCCUCAGCUGCGAAAGAGGAAAGGGGGUGAGGGGGGUGGAUUUUCCUCUUGACUGACACAUGUGGCAGGUGGACCAACCCCCAUCUGAGUUUCUGAUGUAAGGAGGCAGAGGGAGCGAAGGGCCAAAGGGGAAUAAUAAAAUGCACUGCUGAAACCCAACGAACAAUGGACAGAUAAUGGUGUCCUGGUGGCUUGAAAAGAAGUGGAAUCUAAUUGAGCAAGGGGUAAAAAAAACAAAAAGUGUUUUGUUUUUUCAGGGUGUGAUCUCAGUUUUUUUCUCAAACUGACUCGUUCCAAAUGGAGCUGUUAUACAAUGUACUUACUCUUCUGAAUUAAAUCCCCUAGAAUGUUAAGCCAUGUUGCAUUUUAAACCUUCAAUCUAAAAGGGAAAACCUGCUGUUGUGUAUCUUGUCUUUGUUUGCCAAAUGUGAUGUUUUUAUUAUUAUUAUUGCUUUUCUUUAGGUUUUAAUGUGAAUUGUGUUUGUGGUUCAUCAAGGGGAGGGAAGAUAUUUUCCUGCCGAAACACAUAGGUACCUCAGCUUUCGCUUCACUUUUAACGGUGAUUGCCUUUUGUUUUUCGGUGAAACUCCGCAAAAGCAGGCUCCCUAGUUUAAAUCCAAUCCACUUCUGUAGAGAGCCUUGCUGGAAGUCGGCCCCCUGGUAGCAGGACUGUACUUGUCAAGUGCCAAACCAGGGGAACAGUGGACUCUUUCAUGCUCUGCCACCCAGUCCUCGUGCUGCUUGCGCUCUGAAACGAGGAGACGCUGAUAUAAAGAGGACACCGACACAUGAAGAGGAACUCGAUGGCACAAAGCGGGGCUUUCAGUCAGUGUUGCUCUUUCCCCCAUUAGAUGUAGGAAACCUCAUUGAGUAAAUAGUGAACCCGUUGCACUCGGUUAUCGAUCAUUUUGGCCUCAGAGAACAGGCGCAGCUGAGCCUCUGUCCUGAACUCUUCUUAUGAUAUUUUGUUUUCUUUUUUGCCUUCAAAAUCAAAUCAAAUGGACUUUUUUUUUUUUUGUAUACAUGCAAAACCUGCAUUGCUUAUUCAUUUGAUGGCGUCUUUUUUUGUUGUUUUUUUGUUUUUUUUUCCUUAAAAAUGUACUCUCGUAUGUGCUAUUGUGCCAUACAUGAUGGUGCAACAAUUGAGAACUCUGCAUGGGGAACGCGGGAUGUGAACCGCAGUCCUCGCUGCUGGAGGUACCAAACGUCUUUGGAAGUUUAGUGCUGUACGUUCUUAUCUGCUCCGUCUGUAAAGCUGAAUGAGGUCCAGUGCCCUUUAGAGGAAUUAGAGGAGAAUCCCUCGUGAACUUCUCACUGGUGUGGCUGACGCGAUGCAGUUGGUGAUGCUUACUUUUUCGGUUUUCGGUGCUGUCGAGAGAAAGAAACGUGUUGCCGUUCUUAUGAAUCGGUAAUCAGAAGCCUUUUGUGGCUUUGUGAAGAGAAAUCAAUGACUUUAACAAAACAUGCCGCUCUCUACAUUGAGGGGCGUUAAUCAUCAUAUUUGAAACGUUUUCUUUUUCAUGCUCAUUUGCGCCCGACUACUAAAAGUUGCCAAAAAGUGAUUUUACCAAUCCUGGGGUUUGAGACAUUAGAAAAUGGCCAUCCAGAAAGAGAGCUGGAUUCUAAAACUCAAGCGCAAAUUUAUAGGCAACAUAUUAUCGGUCAGUUUUUCCAGGGACAAAAAGAAAGUCAGGAGAAAUGUUGUCUAACAAUUAGCUUGGAGACCCAACUGACUGGCACCCUACCUCAGGACGUAAAAGCACUCUCUGCAACCAUUCAGGUAGAUUUAAAUUCCUGCCUGCUUCUGACUAGCAUUUUUAACAACAGAGAAAUUCUUUCUAUAAGCAAAACUCUGCUGUGAUCGUGUAAGACAUAAUGGCUGCAAUACCAAUAAAUCACAUCAUUUCUUUCUUUUUCUUGUCAUUGUUUUUAAGCUUUUAAAAUUUGACACCAAAAAUUAUAUUUACCCUGUAAAGAUUACCCUGCAGAGUACCAUCAGAGUGCAGGCUUGGUUUUAUCUAAGGUUUUUUUUUUUUGUUUUGUUUUUUGUUUAAGUGAAUGUUAGUCUGACUAAUUGCACUGAUAGAUUUACGUUCUAUGUCCUGUACUGCCUUGCUCGUUAGCCUGAAAUGCCAAGUUAGCAUGACCAGUGAUCCUCAGACUCACAAUAAUGAGAAGGAAAAUGGAGUUCUUUUUUUAAUCGAAGACUAUUCCUUUAAAAAGGGCAGUGCAUAUCUAAUGCCGAGCAUGUGUGUUUGACUCUCUUUUGUUUGAGGUUACAAACCUCAUUUGCUAUGUAAAUGUAACUUUAAUGUGAAUUAUUCCAAAACAAAACAAA